GGAACUUAUUUUCUCAACGGCCGUUUAAAACAAUAACAAAUAUUGCAGCUGAAAAAGCGAUGACAAAUGAAAAGUGAUAUACAAAGACAUGUUUAAUAAACGUAGUUAACAGCUCAAAUGAACCAGGAAGAAAUUAACUGGCAAAACUCUCGUUCAGAAAAUUCAGAAAGUAAUGAUAAUUUGGUAGCUGAUGGAGAGGCCCUACUGAACGAAUCAGCAUCAGCCCUACCAACAGGAGAUGACGAGAUUCCAGUAGGGACGCCCAGGGAAGAAAGACUAGCCCGAAAAUUAAAAGUUAUCGAUGUUCUUUCCCCCAAAUCAAGCGUUGAUAUUGAUAUAGAAAGAGAUAAUUCAAGUUUUUCUGCGCCUUUACACUCCCCGAUACCUGUACAAACAACUUCAACACGAAUAGGUGGACUUUCCAGGCAAGAAAUGUUUUCUAAUUCACUGCCAGAUCGCCAAGGCCCUGACUCUGGAGGAGCUAUACCUCGAACUAAUCAGGUACAAAAGCAACUUAGUUAUCCAUCUAGUGGAGUUUUUCAUCGACAAAGUAGCACUUCACUGUCAAGUAGAAUAACAUUACUUGUGGGGGGGACAAGAUUUGUUGUAAAUCCUCAAACACUUAUGAAAUAUCCAAACACCAUGCUGGGAAGAAUGUUCAGUUCCUCUAAUGAAUAUUUAAAAGUAAACGAUGCUGGAGAAUAUCAAGUUGCAGAAGGUGUUGCUGCAAAUGUUUUCAAGAUUAUUUUGGACUACUACAAGUGUGGCUUCAUGCAUUGUCCUUCUUCUGUAAAUGUCUCUGAACUUCGUGAGGCAUGUGAUUAUCUGUUAGUUCCUUUUAAUGCAGACGUUGUGCAGUGCCAAAAUCUGAAUGAAUUUUUGCAUGAAUUAUCAAAUGUUGGAGCGAAAGAGCAAUUCAAAAGUCACUUUGUUGAAAAACUUAUAUUACCAACGAUAAUAAAAAGUGCUCAGCGUGGAAACCGUGAAUGCCAUUUAGUGAUUUUAAAAGACGAUGAUGUUGUAGAAUGGGGAGAAUUCCCACCUAACAAUGGAGAAGAAUAUGCAGAGAUUAUUUACAGUACGUCACUCUAUCGAUUUUUCAAAUACUUUGAGAACAGAGAUGUUGCAAAGGAUGUGUUGAUAGAGCGUGGUUUAAAGAAAGUGAAACUAGGUAUAGAAGGCUACCCAACUCAUCUGGAAAAAGUGAAGUACAAACAACAUGGAAAGCCUGAUGUUAUAUAUAGCUAUAUUCAGCGACCAUUUGUCCAUAUGUCUUGGGAGAAAGAAGGUAGCAAAAGCCGCCAUGUAGAUUUUCAGUGUGUAAAACCAAAGCAUUCUGGUAUACAUGGUGCUGUGGACGAACCUGCUGCCUUAGCUGGUAACAUGGAUGUACCUCCGCCUGGUGCCCUCUUAGCGGGGGAAAGCUUUGUUCUACAGGAAGCAGCAGACAAUAACGAAUAAACACCGUACCAUCCUUGCUUACUGAUCGCUAAGUUUCAAGAUGUUGAAGUAUAUGUUUUAUCACAACGAAUCAAUAUUCUUUUAACCUUCAUGUUUAUAAACACUUUCUAUUUAUAAAAAGACUUGUACGGGAAAUUCAAUAUUUUGCAGCAAUAAUAAAUGACUUUUUAUAA